CUGCUGCAUACACGCACCGCCAUAUGUUACAUGCUGUUUCUUUAUUAAUAUUGGAAAAUUCUCUCUCUAACAUAUUAAUUGCGCGACAACUCUGAGAUGGGCGAAGAGGUGACCGGAGCGGCGGCAUGUGCGACUGAGGCGACGGCGCAGGAAGACGACGGCGCCGUGGUGGCGUCGUGGCUGGUGGUGGACGACGAAACGACGUCCGAGCUAUCGGAGUUUCUGGAGCUUUUCGAGGGGCCUCCGCCGCCGUUCAGGGUGAGGUUCAUCGACAACCCCUACUCCUCACCGGUGGUAGUCCAGUCUUCGUCGGCUUACGUCACCAUAAACGGCAACGAGGAGUCCUGCGGCUCCUCCUUCUCCGACUCCGAUUCCUCCGUCAUGGCUAGCGUCGACGUCGGCGGCGCCUGGAUCUUUGGCGCCGCCGAGGCGCGUGGUCGGGAAGCUGACGUGGAGUUGGGAGGGUUUUUGACGGACGGCGAAGAUGGUGGAGGAGACGCGACGUUGGUGGAGUUUCUCGGGGGAAUAUUUGACUGAUUAAAAAAAAUCGAAAAACCAGAAAAGGAUAAGAGAGUUGACUAGGGUUUUGACUGUUAAUUGCUGGGGGUUUUGUGUUUUGGCAGUUGAGAUUUUGGGGGUAUUUUGAUGUAUAUGACACAUUUUGGAUGGGUGAAUUGUAAAGAAAAAAAUGUGUAGUUGAAAGAUUUUAGUUUAUA